GCUCUUUUUUUGUGUACUAAAAUAGAAUAUUUGGGACUGACUAUCAGUCAUGGUCAGGUGCAGCCGAGCGAACAAAAAGUCCAAGCCUUAGUUUAGGCUCCCAUCCCAAAGACCAUCUUGCAGGUUCGCCAAUAUUUAGGGUUAGCUAGUUACUUCAGUCGAUAUAUAGCGGAAUUUGCUACUAAGACUGCACCUAUUACUGGACUUACAAACAAAGGCGUUCCUUUCGUAAGGGGUAGUGAAUAAGAAGAAGCACGGCAAGAUAUUAUCUCGCAACUAACAAGCGAGCCUGUCUUAGCCAUUUACGAUCUUGUUUUGCCUAGCGAAGUCCAUAAGGAUGCUAGUUUCAUUGGUUAUGGUGCAGUACUUCUUCAGGUUCAUAAAAAGGUGUAUAAGCGAGGAGUCACAUACUUCAGUAAACGGACUCAAGGUGCUGAGCCAAGGUACCAUUCCUAUGAGCUCGAGACCUUGGCUGUCGUUAAGGCCUUGCAAAUUUUCCGACACUAUCUGGUUGGCGUUCACUUUACUGUCGUUACAGACUGUAAUGCACUAAAAGCCACGCAACGAAAGAAAGACCUACUGCCGCGUGUAGCCAGAUGGUGGAUAUAUUUGCAGGAUUUUAAUUUCACCUUAGAAUACCGCAAGGGCACCUCCAUGUCGAAUGCUGACUAUUUGAGCCGCAAUCCGAUUGUUGUAUGUGAAGCACGCAAACAACAGAACUGGUCACAAAUAGCACAGCCUGCUGAUGAAGAGUCCCAGAAAUUACUUCAAACUAGCAGAUAUGAGACUAGACUCCAGUCAUUACGUUCGAAAGAGGGACCCUCUCUGUUAUAAGUACACUGCAGUAGGAGAAGACUUUUUGUGCCUUCAUUUGUUUUUUUUUUGAUCAAGCAGGCACAAGCGACUGGCAAGCCCGACUCUGGCAUGCGCGGGCACAUACCAUACGACUUACUGUGUGGUCAAGGCGCUUCCGGUCGCGUCGAGCUGCAAAUGCUGGCAGGCUCGUGUGGAAAGGCGACCCGGGCUACGGCAGAAUUUAUGGUGCCAUGGCGAGGGGAAUGGACUCCUGACACGUGUGCUGCCUUCUUCGAGGGGGAGCUUGUGUUAUUUGUGCAGACGAUGAUGACAAUAUGGAGUCCACGCCUGAGCAAGCUGCCAGGAGCAACAAUGUGCCUCGUGAACGUACUGCGGAGCCCGUGCCCUACUGCUCUGCGGGCAUCCAGCAGCAUGAGACAACGGAGCACGAGGACGUCCUCCAGUCAGGAGAGGCCGUGUUGGAGAAAUCGUCACAACACGUCAUCGUGGAGGGGGACAACGCGUAGUGGUGGUGUUAGAGACUAUAAAAGGCGGUGCGCGCUUCAUUCGAGAGAAUCUUCGGGUACCGUCAACUAGUUUAAGGGGGACCCCUGUCCGUUUGGAAAGUCAACCUGCUCAUUUUGUUUUUGUUGUAAAUUAGAUUUAUAAAUUGAAUUUCUUUAAAUAAGUUAUCUGUUUUAUUAGUUCCGUGUAAACUCUUGCUUCUACUAAACAUAUAUGUGUGUGUAGUCAUGA